GUCCAGAUGUUGAAUACCGUCGCUUCUUUUUGUUUCUUACUGCAAUGGACGAAAAAGAACACACCUUGCUUUGAAUGGUCAUGUGAUAUGUGCUCUUAUUCUGCGAGAUGAAUGAUGUUAGAGAUGACUCGAGGCGCUCAAUUUUGGAAGUGAAAUGCAGUGAAAAAAAAAUAUAGGAGGUUGUGUCCAAGAUACGACCGCAUUGUUGACGUAGAACUACACUGUUAUUUUAUAUAAGUCGCCAUACAUUGGUGGCUUGAAACUACUAGGAAUAUAAACACUUCUCAUCGUUUUGCGCUAUUCUCAAAAGAAACGCUUAUGUUAAUAUUACUGGCCUCGAAAAAAGUUGCAUUACUUUCUCGUGCUCGAGGGAAGCGCAGCUGUCACUCUUAGUGGAGGAGGUUUUGCUACUGGCAAGCGAAACCUAAUCACAUACAAAAUUCCAGAACGACAUUUACUUUCUUGGUGACUAAACAAGCGAAAUAAACUCUUUUUUGUUUAUAACAACCUCGAAAACAGUAGCAAUGCUUCAUUAUGAUCAAUAUUAGCGCAAAUGCAAUCCUAGUCGUAGGCAGUUUUGCGAUUGGACCGAACCCAAAUAACUUAUAACAUUCCAGUAAGACAUUCAAGAUACUUGGUAUUCCCCAAAUAAUUUUUUGGCGCUCAACUUACCGCCUGCUUCGCCAUAACGUCAGUUUAAUGCAUUGAUGCAUUCUCAAAGGCACCAACAAAGCCCUUAUGAUGACGGAAAACAAACAAUGUUAACAGCUUGGAAAAAGACUGAAUUAAGUGCGAUUCACAUACAACAUCCACAUUACGUUCACGUCCCGUCACGUCACGUUACGUCAAUGAUUCUACCAUGCAAUUCUCAUGAAAACAUUCACAUACACCGGCAACGUAACGACCCGUCAGCAUACGUUCAACGAAAACGACCGGCAGGAUUUGUAGAAAAGAAUAAUUGACGGAGACGGAUGGCUCGUUUGGUUUUUGUCUGGGCUUUGUGUCUCGGCUUUUGUUUUUAAUUUGGUUGUACAGUAAUUUACAUCUAAUUCAACAUUUAGCUAAUUGAACAGACCUGUGAUGCAACACGUUUAAUUGGAAAUAUUUACCUUUAAUCGGACAUUUUUGUAAACAUUGAAUUCGAGGUCCAAAUUAUGGCCCCACAUUGAAAGUCGCCACCAGUCGCGAAUGUCCAAUUACUGGUCAAAAUCGCCUCCAAUGCGACAUUAAUUGGUGCCUCGGCAUGUCGCAUUAUAAGUAACUUACUGUACUUUGUACUUAUGAUCCAAAUUUCGGAGUGAAAAUCAUACGCGACUAGCUGAGAGAAAUAGUCUAUAUAUCAUUAUUGUUGAAUAACGGUCGGACUACGGGGUUCAAGCAUUAAAAUUCAAUGAUUUUCAUUGAAUUUUUUUAAAAUUAGAACUGAUUCUAGGCAUGCUGAUUCGGAAGAGGGCAUUGCAAUUGAAAAUUGAUGUAGGUGGCGACACCAUGAAUAACAUUCAAUAUAUCAUUCGUUUGACAUUUGACGGGUCGGGCUGGUGGAAGCAUUGAGUGCAUGUGUGAAUUGGUGGAGACGUUGACGGAACGUAGACGUUCUUCUCCGUAACGUUCUAUGUGAAUCGCACAUUAUGCCACACAGCUUGUUGUCUGCUGUAACACCCAUCGAUGCGAAUUCGCUGAUGAGUUUGUCAAGAGCGAUCGCUUUCACCACCAGCGGGGGAGCUUCAUUUUAGUUGCUGCCUGGGUAACGGCGUUUACAUUUUCGACCGUCGCGACGAAAUCGCCUACUUCGCUGUUGUUCGAUGCGGUGUCACACUCGCAAAGGCUCGGUUCAGUGCGAACGCUUUUCAUUGCACUAACAUCGCGUGCAGCAUUAGAUGACGCUUGCCUCGAAAUUUUAUUACCCCUGGCAAUGCGUUCGUUUUUUGCAGGACUCGAGCCUGCCUUCCUCUUCUUCUUGCUCAUCACACACUACGCGAAGCGUCCAAUUUAUGACGCGGUAAGAAAAACACACGAUACGAAUAACGCGAAAAACGAACAGAAAAACCAAACGACGAUAUCCAAGUUGGAAGUUUGAAGAAAGGAUUUCAAAACUUACAAAAACUAUCAACAUAAUGAUUGCAAAUUCUAAUAACCUAGUAAACAAAGCUAUAGAAGGGCUUGAUUCUGUAAACCUCUUAUUCAACUUAGAUGACCUCUCCCACCAAAUAGAAAUUAUAGAAGAAGCAAUUUCCCUAGCCAGGCUUAGCAUACCCAGUAGUCGGCUCAUCAGUCUACAAGAACUAACAGCAGCGCAGCAUACGCUACAGGACAACGGUCUUGGAUCAGACACCAUAGAUAAUAUCCUCGACAUAGCCAGCGCAUACGUUAUGUACUCGCAACAUUCCAUAGUCUACGUGCUCAAAAUUCCAAAGGUUACGAGCGAUGCGUUCACAUUAUACUACAUUGAACCAAUGAUUUCAAAUAGCACACGUAUUCACCUAAAAUCCAAGUAUUAUCUGAAGGGUCCAAAUUCAUUUUCAUCGGAGAUACCAUGUCCAAAAACCAGAAAUUUAUAUGUAUGCUUGAAUCAGCAGUUAGAAGCACCGGACAGCUGUAUUGAGCAGCUCUUUAAUGGAGAACCAUCCCAAUGCCCGAUGGAGAAAACAUACGGCCAAAACUUUGUCAAAAAGGUCGAUGACUUCAAUAUCGUGGUAAAUCAAGUCAACAUGACGAUCCGCUCCAAUUGUUCAGCACACAACCAACGAUUAGAGGGAUCAUACCUCAUUCAAAUAUCAAACUGCUCUAUUAGAGUGAAUAACGAGGAAUACUUCAACAAGGAAAUAGAAAUUCCUUCGAAACCAUUCAUUCCCACGACUGGAUUAAAGAUAAUCUUCAUGUGAUCCUACAUCUACUUAAGUGGCUAUCAUCCGGUUCACUUUCUAUAACAACAAUAAUCAUUAUCGGACUCGCCGUAGUCUGGACCCUUGGAGUACGCAUCCCGAAGAAGACUACCCUAUUGAUCUCUGAAAACACACCGAAACGAUUUAAGGACGAAGACAACCCUGACACGGACACGGAUUCACAACAGAAAACAGUAAUGGUACCACAAAUAUAAUAAUUCAAAAGCCGAGGACGACUUUUCGCUAGAGGAGGGAGCCGUUAGGGAUUAUGCAGCCGUAUGGCACCCGCCAUGUUUUUGAUGCCAACAUCUCACACGUCAGAAGUAUUUGUUUUCUUCAAAACAGCGAUCCGCGUUGACGGCAGUAAGCUUCGUUUACUAGUUUAGGGGAGCGUCAAAGAACAGCUGAUUUUCAGUCGGAGUGAACGUUUUCAAAAUUAAAAUUAUGAAUAAAAAUUAGCUUUUCCAUAUCAAAUUAGUAUUCUGUUUAAAUUAAAAAUAUUUUUGAUUGCAGGUGGGGAAAAAGUCUCAUACGAAAAUUGUUUAUGAAGACAACUUUAUAUUAUAGAGAAAAAAAUCAGCAACAAUGUUGGAA